AUGCAGUCGGCGCCUUCAUUAUCUCGACCAUCACAACGGCCAUCCGGAGCAGAUUCCCCGUCAACAGUGGGCGGCAGCACAGGGGGUAGUAUGGCAUCACAAACAUCGGGUCCCCGAAGCUCUUCAGGCUCUGCCCGUUCGCAGGCGUCAAGGGCGUCCGUGCCCGACAAACAACUUUCGCAGAUCGAAAAAAGUGUUACGCAUCUUCUCGUUGCCACUAAGCAGCUUCUAGAGACCCUGACCCAAUGGUCCCGUCAACAAGCCACCGAGAACGAGGUGUCCGAUGUCUAUGUGCGACUGGGAUACGAAUUCAACCUGGCCUGUCGGGCCUUCAAUGCCAUCGGUGUCGACACAUCAGAUCUCGGCCCGGUACCCGAUCUUCUUCGUACAAUCCUUGAAGAUACGUUGAGUCAAGAUGCCUCUCCACAGAGUUUGGAUAGGUAUUUACCACGCAUACGUGAUAUCAUCAUCAACCUCCUACACGGUUUGAAGAAGAAGCAGGCACGAUUACGGUCAAAACAGGCCCGAGAAGAUAGCAAAAGCACUCCUCCGCCGAGACAAGCCAGUCUAGGAAGCGUAGGGGACGGCCAAGCUGGGCCAUCAAGUCAGGGACCCGAAGAUCCUAUGCCACAGUCACCUCAGAAGCGUCCUUCAUCUGCUCGUAGAUACGGAAGCAGUGGCUCUCUAGAAGAUCAAGUUGCGCCGUCAAUCCCACGGGAUCGCACUGGAGGCAGUUUCUCUGAUCGUGAAGCUUCCAAGCGAGACGCUCAAAGAUCCCUGACUUCACAAAAUUCAGUCUCAUCCAUGUCAACACCAGCGUUACAGAAUUCAUCAGCACAGUCAUCGGUUUUGGAAGUAGAGCGCGCCGCGGUGUUGGGGUACCCGGCACCACCCCCUCCACCUGCUCCAAAACAAGACGAUGCUCUAGGAGCUUUGCAGCGAAGUGGAGAACUCGAGCGGCGUGCAUCGCGUCGAUUUUCAGCAUAUCAAAUACAAAAACAUCUCGGUACUUCUGCUAAUGGUGUUCCUGUGCUUCCAACUCAAACCACGGCAUUGCCUAAUAGGGGUCGUGAUGUGAGGGAGUCACUUAACGCUGUCCGUUUACGUGGCUCUUAUGGGCAUGGCAGGCAAAGGUCAACCACUCGCCAAGAAAUAUCUCCCAAUCGGACUAAUCAAGGUCCCUUUACACCCACAAUUCCAGAAAAUGUAGAAGGAACUCGUUCCAAUCUUCGGAUUGCGCCACCCAAUGACACAGCGGCAAAUGAGGAUCAUAGCAGCCCGAUAGCGAAAACUCCAUCCGACAAGCUCCGAUCCCCUGUUGAAUUAGAUGGUCGUGAUAUUUCCAUUCCAUUUCCACAGCCGUCCCAGAGAACACCAUUGGCUGAGGUAUUCGAGCCCACCAAAGUGAUUUCCGACGAUACGACAUCAACUACACUUAAAAGUCCAAAUGAACCGGCCCCUACUUUGUCCACACCUCCACAUUUGCCGCAGUUUAUACCAGAACAUUCCCCCUCCCCAGGGAAAGAGCUAACACUGUUUUUACAAUACAAGAGCAAGAUUAAGAAAUACGUCAUUCCAGAAGGAUCUACAGGUUUAACAAUCGGUCGCCUCCAACUCGCUUUCAUCGAGAAAUUUGCUUGGAACACCCACCAAAACGGGGUCGAUCUUCCGGAAAUCUAUAUUCAAGACCCUGUUUCUGGGGUGCGGCAUGAACUUGAAGAUUUGAACGAUGUCAAGGAUCGAUCUGUUCUUGUACUCAACAUUGAAGUACUUGAUGAGGUGAAACGCCAUUUUGAUGAUGGUAUUGGAAGCAUUCGUAAUUUGAUUGAAGGGGUGAAAAAUGCCAUGGAUGGCCAAGAAACCGUCAUUCAGCGCGUUUCGGAACGCCAGUUGGAUGCUGCUAAAGAAAUGGCUCGUUUUACAGUGGCUCCCCAAAUUGCUGUUGGUACAGGUGCAUCUAAGACAAGUGAACUACGCGCUCCUAUUUCAGGAAAUAGUAAUCAACUUGCUGAGCUUCAGAGCCUGAGACGCGAUAUUGCUGUUCUACGCCAAACCUAUUCAAGUUUCUCCUCAGAUAUUGCAGCUUCCAUGGGCAAGAUACGAGCUAAAGCAAGCGGAGUAAAGACUGCAGCCGAAACGGUAUCCAGGGCCCCAUACGAGGGCGAUGCUGGACGUGCACGUAUCAAUACUGGGAAGAAGGAGCUUGGAGAAGAUUCGGAGAGACUAGUCGGAAGAGUUGACGAUCUCCAAGACUUAGUUGAAGAUCUUCGCAAAGAUGUGGUCUCACGCGGUGUCCGCCCACUUCCUCGACAGCUAGAAAAUGUCAGCAAAGACUUGAGUUCCGUUACUAAGGACGUCAAGAAGAUGCAAGAAUUCUUGAAGCGCGAGAAACCCAUCUGGACCAAAAUUUGGGAGAAAGAACUUCAACUUGUUUGUGAAGAGCGUGAUCAGCUCACGAUGCAGGAAGAUCUUGCUGCCGACUUGGAAGACGAUCUAGAAAAGGCUGCCCAGACUUUUGCUCUUGUUGAGCAAGCUACACGUCAACAGAAUGUCCAGAAUUCGGAGGGUGCCCCUGUUCUUCGUAGCACAUCUCGCACUCUCGUAAUUGACCAGAAUGUCGAUCCCAUGAAGGCUAAAGACGGGGUUCUUGGCGAAGUGCGUGCUCUUCAACCGAAUCAUGAGUCCCGUCUAGAAGCUAUCGAGCGGGCAGAGAAAGCUCGACAAAAGGAGCUAGAAUCUAGGCGCGUUGGUCUUUUCCAGAAAGAACUAGGGCAAUUCGUGGGACAAGGAAAGCUGAAGAAGAGCGGAGGCUUCGAGGAGACAGAACGACUACGCCGAGCUAAAGAUGAUCGCAUCCGCAAAGAAGUAUGGGAACGUCAACAAGCAAGAGCAGCAGGUUUAGAGCAAAAAGAAAAAGAAACCUCCCAGACUACUUCAAAUGAGGAGAACCAAACACCUUCUGGUGGUUCAGAGGUCGAGGAAGCUACUUCUGACCCGCAGUCUACCGCAGAUGAUGACAAUAAUGCUUCAGAAGAGCAGUCACCUGUGGUAGAGCAUGGCGAAUCCGGUGAAACGGAGGAGAGUUCGACUGAGCAUCGUGGUAUGUAG